CCCAUUUUUGAAUUUCACUUAAGACUCUUUCUCCUCUCUCUCAAUACCUCCGAGCUCUAUCCGUCACUCUCCACUCUCUCAACCCCGACUGCGCCUCCACCACUCUCUCAACAUUCACGCUUGCUCUCUGCCUCUCCGUCAACCCCGUCUUCACCGCUUCCCGCAUACCCACAUCAGACCCAUAAGCAAAAACAAAGAAAAAAUGGCGGCUCACCAUCAGAGAUCCCGACCCCCAAACACGCACACCCUUUUUAGACCCAGAUCAGAGAAAGUAAGGGUUGGGGUUUGGGGAGAAUCGGGUUAGGGUUUGAUGCUUUUUCAUGUUAGAUCUAUGUAGGGAUAUGAGAUUGAGAGUGAAAGAAAGAGAGUUUGGUCGAAGGAGACAAGAAGCCACCAUCGGAGGUGGUGGUUGUGAUGAAAAUUAUCCUUGCCGAUUUGGGCGGGCUUGUUUCAGAGAGAGACCACCACUCGGUAGGGUUUUCUUUUAUCUCUAUUAUUUUUAAUAAACUCUGUUUUCUUUUAUCUCUAUUUUUUAAUUCUGUUUUCUGUUUUUUGGUUUUUAGCUUAGGAAUUGAAAUCAAGUCUUAUAUUGCUUGCAAUUUUUGUCAAUUGUUUAAAAAUGCUUGAUACAAAAAUAGUGAUUGUGGAAUUAAAAAUGCUUUCUCUGGCAUUAAAAUCUAUCAACGUGAUACAAAAACAGUAUAUUAGAACUGUACAUCUUUUUCUCAUUGGGGCUGAAUUUAGUUCUGUUCUCUCUUUUUUGGGGUUUUAGCUUAGGAAUUGAAAUCAAGUCUUAAUUCUGCUAUUAUUGUUAUUGUGGUUGUUGUUGUUGUUGUUGGAACACCUGGAAAAAUAUUGGCUCUGGCAAGGGAUAAAGAUCUUGGAUUGAAGAAUGUGAGGCAUUUUAUUCUUGAUGAGUGUGAUAAGAUGCUAGAAUCACUGGACAUGAGGAGAGAUGUGCAGGAGAUCUUCAAGAUGACUCCUCAUGACAAGCAAGUUAUGAUGUUUUCAGCAACUCUCAGUAAAGAGAUCCGCCCUGUUUGCAAAAAAUUUAUGCAAGAGCCAAUGGAAAUUUAUGUUGAUGAUGAGACCAAGUUGACUCUUCACGGUCUUGUACAGCACUACAUUUUAUUGAACGAGGCAGAGAAAAACCGCAAAUUGAAUGACCUUCUUGACGCAUUGGACUUCAAUCAGGUUGUCAUUUUUGUCAAGAGUGUGACCAGAGCUGCUGAGCUGAACAAGUUACUUACGAGUGGGACCAGAGCUGCUGAGUUGAACAAGUUACUUUGUUCAUGAUUUUUACUUUUAUUUUUCAUAUUUUUAUUGUAUGGGGAAAACACUUAGAUGGCUGAGUUUUUUGCUUUGUCAAGUUAAGAUUAACAGACAAAAUCGUGUAAUAUUUUCCACACAAAGGUGAUAUAAAUAUGUAUUUUAC